AUGCUCCUUUACUCUACGCGUAACACAUGGAAUGCCGGAGAGACGGCUCAUAGAACUCAGGAAAUGUUUUAUCAUGGAUUUGAUAAUUACAUGAAACACGCGUUUCCGGAUGAUGAGCUUAAUCCAAUUCAAUGUGUUGGUCGUGGUAGUGAUAAACAAGAUCCGCAAGUUUUAAAUGACAAAGAACAAUUCGAAAAUGCUAUUCGUAAAGUGAUUGAUUACGUCUCAUUUGACGUUAAUAACAAAGUUCAAGUUUUUGAACUUAAUAUUCGAGCUCUGGGUUCUUUGUUAUCCGCUCAUUUAUUCGCUACCGAUCCUCAAUUCGGCUUUACAAUCGAUUGGUAUAAAACUGAAUUAUUGGACUUAGCAAGCGAUUUGGGGGAACGUUUACUUCUCGCCUUUCAACAUUCAAAAACUGGAUUACCGUUUCCAAGGGUGAAUCUAAAAUAUGGUGUUCCUCAAGACGAAACACACGAGACUUGUACAGCUGGUGCUGGAACUUUAAUAUUGGAAUUCGGAGUAUUAAGCAGGUUAACAAAUGAUUCGCGAUUUGAGAAUGCUGCCCGAGCUUCACUAUUUGGUCUGUGGAACAGGAGAUCAAAUUUGGAUCUUCUAGGCAAUGUCAUUGACAUUCAAACAGGGCAAUGGAUUCACACAGCAUCGAGUACCGGAGCUGGAAUUGAUUCUUUUUUCGAGUAUUUACUAAAGGCCUACGUGCUCUUUGGUGAAUCAGAAUAUCUCGAUGUAUUCUCGCAAGCGUAUUCCGCCAUAAUGCGACAUAUACGUGAUGAAAGUGGUUAUCUUUAUAGAAACGUUAAUAUUUUCAAUGGUGGGAUGAUGUCAUUCUGGGUGGACAGUUUGUCGGCUUAUUUCCCAGGUUUGCAGGUCUUGGCAGGCGAUUUGGAAAAUGCGAUCAGGUCACAUUUACUCUAUUAUAAUAUAUGGCGCAAGUAUCAUGCCCUGCCAGAACGCUUUAAUUUUCGACUGAAAAAUGUUGAAAUCGGAACAUAUCCUUUAAGACCUGAAUUUAUCGAGUCUACAUAUUUCCUCUAUCGGGCAACUCGAGAUCCUUUUUAUCUUGAAGUAGGCGAAAUGGUUCUUAAAGACCUACAAAAAUAUACGCGUGUUUCAUGUGGUUUCGCUAAUAUACAAAAUGUGCUCACGAAAAAAUACGAUGAGAGAAUGGAAAGUUUUGUGUUAAGCGAGACUUUUAAAUACUUAUAUUUGCUUUUUGAUACAGAAGCCCAUAUAUUACCUUUACCCCGAAAAUAUCUAAAACCACCUUUACUUCGUCAAACGUUGCGAGGGAUCGAUACGUCAGUAUGUCCAGUAUAUCAACCUCGUCGUCAUCUUCUAAAUUCAGUUUCCGCUCGGCCUGAUGUUGAUUAUGCCAGGGAACUCGUGGGCUAUGAUGAUAAGAUACUACCUGAAUUGUACUCGCGUGGGUAUUGUGAAGUACCACAAACAGACCCGCCCAUGAUAGAGAUUAGUUUCGGUGAAUUAAUUUCCGACAAGCAACAACCACAGCAGAUUCGCAAGUUCCUCGAUGGAUUAGUAGUUAAUAAUCUCCAUGGCUUGAAAUUGCAAUUGACCAGAAGGGAAGACCGGAAAGGUUAUGAGGCAACUAAAGUCGACGAUCACAGAAUACUUCCUGGACAAAUCCUGGAGAUUCGAGAUCCGGCAGUAAGAAAUGUUUGGAUAAAGCAACAAACCUAUGAUAUUUCGAUUAUAAGAAUAAUGGAUGAAGAAAAUUCCGUUAAUUAUCAGGAUUUCCUGGCAGCAUCAGCUACUUUUGGCCUUGAAGUUACAAAAAGAUUGCCCGUUUCUAACUUGGUUUACAUAGCCUCAUCCCCUUUAGGCUGUAGCGCUUUCUCGGCUGAAGAACAAAACAGAAUUCGUAAUCAACUAUUGAUGUUGAAGCGAGGAGGAUGCCCUUUUGUGGACAAGGUGUUGCAUGCACAAAAUGCAGGUGCACGAGCAGUUGUUAUCGUAAGCGAUGACAAUAGCUUAUUCCAGCCUGCACCUCCUGCAGAAGCCGACGUAUUGGACAUCCGAAUACCAUGUAUUUUGGUAACCCUCGAGACGGGUCUUCAAUUGGAAAUGCGACUUUCACAUUCUACUAAUACCUCUAAAAGCGAGCAUCCACUAAUUAACGAUAAUCAGAAAUCAAAGGUGGUCUAUGCUACUAUUUUGCCGAGGCCAGUCGAUAGUCCAACUUUUAUCAAAAAUGAGGGAGAUGACGCAAGAUUAACUAUAAAUGGACACAUAAUACAUAAUAUUCGACUUAAUUCAGAUGGAAAUUAA